AUGAGUAGUGGUCAGGCUGGCUCGGCCACGGACGAUCCCGGGAACAAACCCAUCUCGUUGAGCUCUCUCAUCUCGACCUUGGUCCCUGUUGCCGUGGUCACAGGAGUCUAUAUCCUCAUCUUCCUGGUCCUGCGUAUGAGCCAGCGCCGCUUCUACGCACCCAGGACGUACAUCGGCAGUCUUCGCGACAGAGAGCGAACUCCACCGCUGCCUUCGGGCUUCUUGAAUUGGAUACCAAGCUUCUGGAAGACGCCCGAUAUCCACGCUCUUCAGCAUCAGUCUCUUGAUGCGUACCUGUUCCUCCGCUUCCUCAAGGUCCUUGUCGCCAUCUGCUUCUUUGGAGCCUGCUUGACCUGGCCGAUUCUUUUCCCCAUCAAUAUCACCGGUGGCAACAACUUGGAACAGCUCGACAUUCUCACAUAUGGAAAUGUCGACACCUCCACCAUGUCGGGCAAGAACCGCCUGUUCGCCCACGCCCUAGUCUGUUGGGUCUUUUACGGCUUUGUCCUCUACAUGAUCCUAAGAGAAAACAUCUACUACGUCAACCUGCGGCAGGCCUUCCUACUUUCUCCCUUCUACGCCAACCGGAUCUCGUCGCGGACGGUGCUCUUUGUUUCAGUUCCCGAUAACUACCUCGACGAGCGGAAGCUGCGCAAGGUCUUUGGAGAGUCGGUACGCCGCGUCUGGAUUACUGGCGACAGCAAGAAUGUCGAUGAACUCGUCGAGGAGCGUGACAAGGUGGCCAUGAAGCUCGAGAAGGCCGAGGUCAAGCUCAUCCAGCUCGCAAACGCCGAACGCCUCAAGGCUGUCAAGAAGGGAGGCGACGCGAGCAUCCGCGACGAUACUCAGCUAGAUGCUGAACCUGGCAGCGUCGCAGCACGAUGGAUCCCUCAGAAGAAGCGGCCCACUCACAGACUCGGCCCUCUUGGCCUUGUCGGGAAGAAGGUCGACACGAUCGAAUGGAGCCGCAGCGAACUGAUGCGCCUAGUUCCGGAAACUGCCGCCGCCCAGGACAAGUACCGCUCUGGCGACUACAAAAAGAUUCCCUCCGUCUUCAUCGAAUUUGCCACACAAGCCGAUGCGGAGUCUGCCUUCCAGGUUCUCGCCCACCACCAGGCACUGCAGAUGAGCCCCAAGUACAUUGGAGUUACCCCCGGCGAGGUUGUAUGGAGUGCUCUGAAGGUCUCUUGGUGGCAGAGAGUAAUUCGCCGCUUUGCCGUGAUUGCCUUCAUCACUGUCCUAAUCAUCUUCUGGGCUAUUCCGGUUGCCGUUGUUGGUUCCAUCUCCAACAUUCCCUUCCUGAUCGAAAAGCUUCCAUGGCUGUCCUUCAUCAACAAAUUGCCCGGUUUCCUUCUGGGUGUGAUUACGGGUCUUUUGCCAUCAGUCGCUCUCGCCAUCCUGAUGUCGUUGGUACCAAUUAUUAUGCGACUUUGCGCAAAGCUCUCUGGCGAGCCCUCCCUGUCAAGAGUUGAGCUGUUCACUCAAAACGCCUAUUUCGCCUUCCAGGUUAUCCAAGUUUUUCUCAUCACGACCCUGUCCUCCGCUGCGCCGAAAGUCAUCGGGGGCAUCAUCAACGACCCCACGAGCAUCACUUCCGUCCUCGCGACCAGUAUUCCUGCAGCCUCCAACUUUUACCUCCCAUACUUUGUUGUCCAGGGUUUGACCAUUGCUGGUAAUGUGCUUGCGCAAGUUGUGGGCUUCGUCAUUUUCACGCUUGUCUACAAGUUCCUGGCCAAAACUCCGCGUGCCAUGUAUCAGAAGUGGGCGACUCUCAGCGCUAUCUCGUGGGGAAGUCUGCUGCCCGUAUACACGAACAUUGCGGUCAUCAGUCUUGUCUACGCGACCAUUGCCCCCCUGGUCCUUGGAUUUGGUUGCAUCGGCUUGGGGCUAUUUUAUCUCGCGUGGCGCUACAACAUCUUGUUUGUCACGGACAGCAACAUCGACACGCGCGGUCUCAUCUAUCCUCGGGCUCUGAAGCAGCUCCUUGUCGGUGUUUACAUUGCCGAGAUUUGCAUGGUUGGCUUGUUUGCCGCAACUGCUGCUUUUGGCCCGAUGGUGCUGAUGAUCGCAUUCCUCGUCUUCACCGCGCUGUUCCACCUCACUAUGAACAGUGCUAUGGCUCCUCUCCUCGCCAAUCUCCCUCGCUCGUUGGGGGUCGAGGAGCAGUCCCUACGCGCCAGGCUCACUGGCCAGCUUAGCAACGGCCACAGCAACGGCGAUGCCAACGAGAAGGUUGUGCCGGAGGAGGCGUCAGCACCCCCGAAGAAGCCCAACUUCAUCGCGAAGUGGCUGAAACCCUGGGCCUAUGCCGAUUAUGAGACCCUGCGUCGUCUGGUGCCCCAUGACGGCAUCGAUUUUGACAACCUUUACAGUGCGGAGACUGAACGCGAUGCGUACUAUCCUCCCUCUGUCAGUAAACCAGCCCCCCUGCUCUGGAUCCCCGAGGAUCGCAUGGGCAUUUCGAAGCAGGAGAUUCGCGACACCGACAAGGUGAUUCCAAUUACCGACGAGGGUUGCACCCUCAACGACAAGAACAAGCUGGAGUGGGACACUGAAACAGUUCGCCCUCCCAUCUGGGAUGAGAAGAUCUACUAUUAA